AGAAUGUGGUGGAUGGACAGGGAAGGGCUUGGACUCAUGCCUGGCCCAGGCUUUAGGGUGGUGAAGUGCUCUCUGAGGGCAGCCUAAAUGACUCAAGAGCCUGUGUUUCUGCACACUGGGAUGGCUCUGGACUGAAUGAACAGACACAGAAGAAGACUGGGCUGGACUCCUGGCAGGACCUCAGUGUCCAGGAGGAGCAACGUGGCUGUGGGACCUGCAAUGCUGGGAGCCAGGGAGGUUUAACAUCGCUGCAGAUGGCUGCCUGCAGCCUGGCACUAGGGCUGUGGCUCCUGCUGCUGCUUCAGGAUAUCCAGACAGCCCCACAGACAUCAUUAAGCCCAUCUCAUUCCUGUGAGAAACUUGAGAACUGGUUCUAUGAUGAAGCUUCACAAAGCUGCUGUUACCAGUGUCCCUCAGGCUUUGUCAAAAAGAAAACUUGCCCUAAGGACCCAGCUGCAGACUGCAUGAGAUGUGGACCUGAACAAUAUGUCACUGAUGCACUCCAAUGUUAUGCUUGUGUAUCGUGUGCAAAAGAGUUUGACCUGGUGGAGAAGCAGCCCUGCUCCUUCAAUUCCAGCCGCGUGUGUGAGUGCCGACCCGGCCUCUUCUGCCAGAUGGCUGUUGAGAACACCUGCUCACGAUGCCAGCAGCACACUGUCUGCAAGCCUGGUUUUGGAGUCAAAGUCAGAGGUACUUCAACAAACGAUGUGAUGUGUGAAGAGUGUCCUCCUGGGACCUUCUCUGAUCAAAGCUCCAGCACUGAAACCUGCAAGCCCCACACAAACUGUGCUGAGUUCAACAAAGUACCCCUACGCAAAGGAAAUGCCACACACGACCAGGUUUGCCUGGACCAAUUACCCACUUACCUCACCCCAAGCACCUUGUCCAUGAAAUUCAGCAAUAAAACAAAUAACUCUGACCUAAGGAGAUUUGAGGAGAACCUGGUGACCAUUGCUAGUAUCCUUUUAAGUGCCACAACAACUGAAAACCCCAGUUCAACUCCUGAGGAGAAAGCUCUGGCUGGCACUUUUCCCACCUCAGCCAAGGAGGAGAUGACAACAGCAGGUCUGGCUCUCUGGGGAGUGGUUCUGUCUGUGACAAUGCUACUCAUGGUCAUGCUGAUAUUUUGGAAGUGGAAGCUUUGCAAGAAGCGGAUCCUCAUCCUCAGAGGAAAGCCACAUCUACAUUCCAUCACUUCCCACAAAACCGGGCUCAGGUCUCAAGGUUCUGAUCCAGUGAACAAAUGUACAAAUAUCACACUGACUACUGACAGAGGGCCAGAAGAGGAGGAGUUAAUUGACAAAAUUAUCCCUUUGGAAACCAACAAUAACUUGGUCUCCAGCACAGAAAAAUCAUGUAGUCCUGACCUGAGUGUGAGUGACAUGACACACAACAAUGGAAAUGCCCAAGACUGUCCUACUGAUUCUCGAGUGAGAGACCACACAAACAAUCGAAUUGAAAAGUUAUACAUCCUGAAUGCCGACACUGUUAUUGUGGGAUCCAUUUCAGAAGUGCCUAGUGGCAAGAACUGUGCUGCUAGAGGAUGUGAAAGUAAUGCUGAUGCCCAGGAAAACAUGGAAGAGGAACUGGCAAUGCACUAUCCAGAGCAAGAAACAGAGUCUUUUCCAGAGAAUGAUGUCAUGAUUCCUGUGGAAGAGGAGGGGAAGGAAUUUCAUCACCCCACCACUGCCACUGAAAAGUGAUAAGCCACUGAGAAGGUGUGUGAAGCUACAGAAACAUCCAGUGUGACACAAAGCCUGACUCUAUAUGACAAUGCAGGUAAACACAGAGUGCCUGAGAUUGUCUGAAAACUCACAUGAAACACUGAAGCACAUUCAAACAAGGAGUGCUAGAACCUAUUUCAUCUUACAAAUGAGAGGAUCAUCCAAACUGUUGGCCUUCACAGCUGAGGUCAAGUAUUUCUCUUUCCCUCUCUCUCCCAGUAUCAUGCAGGAAACAAAUUUCAAUCAAAGCUACAAAACUCAGAGGACUUCUGGAUGCCCACUCAAGGUUCACAGCUUGCUUUCUCUGCAUGAAGUUAUGGAUUGAAACCUAUGUCUGAUCACUUCUAUUAGCUAUAAAAACUCUGGCCAGGAACCCGAGUUAAGCUUGAGAUUCAGCCAUGUUGUUUCUACUCAGUCAUACACUUUACAACAUCUGGUAUUUUUCUUAAGGCCUCAACUCUUGACUGAAAGUAGCAACAAUUUCAUUUUUCCCUAACACAAAGGGAACUCUCAAGUUCAUAGACUGUGCUUCCUGGGGAAACGGGAUCAAAAGGUGCCACAUGGGCUCAGAAAACAGAAGGCAGAUGAAACUAUUUGUUUUAAGCUGUACCUUAGGCCAUUCUCUGUGUUUUGAAGUCAGAUUCAUGUUUUUUGACUACUUCAAAUCAUCGAUAACUGUACAAAAUGGCCUCUUCUGAUGGAAGCCAAACUGGCUGAACAGCUGGACAUGGGAUGAACAAUGUGUUUAGCCUGUAAAAAGGGAAGAGAAGAAAAGAGACUAGUUUUCUACAAAAGGGAGGACUGAAAAACAGACACAGCAGUUAUUUCCUAUAACAUUGUCAAUGCCUUCUUGGUUUAGAAGUGCUCAUGAUCAUCAGGGUGACACUGAUUUGCAUGUCCUUUUAAAGUCUGAUUUGAGGUCAACUGGCUUGUCUGAUGCUGUUUCUCAACCUUUCAUGGAGCUUGUUUGAUAACUGUAAAUGUGAUAGUGCUGACUACAUUUUUUGCACAAGACAAUGGAAAAUGAGCAAGAUGACAAAGUGUGUCUUAAUAGUAAAGAAAAAUGAACCACAAAACCAGUAACUUGCUUUGUAGUUUUACCCUGUAGCUUUAACCACCGUGCCACUUCAGCAUCUCUUGUCUUACAACACACAAAAGGAACUUAAGGGCAUAAAAACCCCACCUUCUUGGGCCAGACUAGUAGUACAAGCUCAACAUUUUGUCUCUGACAGUUGUUAUUUAGGAGGAGCACAUAAGCCUGCUUAAUGUUUGCUGUUUGCAUUCCUCACAGUUCUGCAGUGUCAGAGACACAACUUUGUGAGUUCAAGUGAGAACGUACCAGAAUGAUCCAGAGCCUCUUGAAAUUUGAUUUCCAGUUGUGGAUCUUUUUAGCAGGAUAAAACCUCAGACUCAUGUGCAGCAGAGAGAGUAUUUAGCAACUGCUGAAAAGAAAAAGCAAUUGGUUGAAGUUGUCAGCUUGAGACAGUGAAGAGAGUGUGCUCAAGGGAGGAAAAGUUAUUUGCAGGCAGGGGAAUGAGUGUGAUGGCACUCACCUGUGAGUGGGAAUAAGAGCCAAAGCGAGGAGUAAGAAAAGAAUAUUGGCAAAAACAUAUGAAAUGGCACAGAUGGGCAGGGAGGUGGCUGCAAUACAAGGCCCUGUACUGUUUUUUUAUGGCUUUUUGGUACCAAAACCCCCUGAAAUAUUACAGAACCAACUCCACCAGCUUGCCUGAGUUAAGCCAGAAGAUAUUUAAUAUCUAUUUUAACUUUAAGAGAAAGAACUGGAUAAACAAUCCCACCAUCCUGUUCAGGGCUUAAUUCUUUCAUGUUUCAUGCAUUUUCUGUUUAUUUGACAGAACAUUCUGGUACUGGAGGAACACAGGUGGAGGUGAUUUGUGUUGUUAAGGUAUUCUGUCCAGACUGUGGUUCCCAGUUCCCAGAACAGACUAGUUCUACUAGCACGGAUUAUGGAAAUGCUCCUGAUUCUCCACCAAGGAAAGGAAUUCUCCUUUCAAAAGAGGAAAACCCAUUGAAAAAAAGAAACUGAAAUGUAGAUCUCAGUGGAAAAUUGAGAACAUUUUAUUUCAAGAAGAAAAGUAGUUUCCUCUGGGCAUUCAAGAUGCAAAAUGAGGACCAUUUACUUCAAGAGGAAAAAGAAGUUUCCUCUGGGCAUUCCAGAAGUGGGGAUGAAAACCACUUCAAGGAAAUUACAGAUUGUAUACUGACUGACUGAUAAAAUUAAUCCAACAACCCCUUAUCUUCUGAAAUAAACAUUCUAUUAAGUGUAGCAUUUCUUCCAGAGACUUGAUAUUUCAGAUGAAUAUAGACACUGAUGCUUUUGAGGUUUUUAGUCUCCUUUGUCAGCUUUGAGAGUUGAAGGAUCCUCUCUGCAGAUGAAAAAGAUUGGUAUGCUUUUUUCCUUUCAACUGAGUGGCCCAAUUCCUUUCCUCUGUGAUACCUUGCAGAGGCCUUUGCCAGAUUUGAAAGGGUAUAUUUUUCUAACUUUAUGCCAUUAUUUUUUCUGCUGAGGCUUCCUGUGAUGAUAAUCUGGGCCCAGGUGUGCUGCCUCUCAUGAACAUGGCUGUGUACAGCACUUCUAAGAGACUGGAGUUAAAUUGUCAUUCAUUCAAUGCUAAUGGAUUAUCCACUUGAUUUUAAAACUAUUGCAGACAAUUUCCUAUCCCAUAUCUUCAUGGACACACUUUCCCCUCAUCCUCCUGGAUAUUUGUUUUAUUAUUACUGUUUGCUAUGGCUCAUUGUUGGACCAAAUUUCUCAAAUCAAGCUUCAGUGUAUCAAGGAGUGAGAUCUUCUACAGGAGCUUUUUUCACUAGGUUACAAUUAUUAUGUCUAAACAACAGCAUUUCAUUAGCUGUACAUAGCUUGUUAUUCUAGAAAAGAAACUCUAGAUUACAUAGUUGUUAUCUUGGAGUAGGAAGUUCCUUUUACUGAUAGCUCUGAAGUCUGUCAUCUUUGUGUCCUGGCUGAUUUAAUACAGUUCCUUGAUAGAUUCUGACCUCAUUUUUCAGCUUAACCUUAAACCCAAAAUAUUUUUCCCUGCGUUCCAGUGAAUAUGAGACAUGAUCCAUAUGAGUAGGUAUGUCAGACAGCUCAAGCCCUCAGGAAAAGGACGCUCUUGAUGAUUGCAAAGAAUCAUCUGGGACAAGUGGAAUUGAUUCAAACCUCAGAACCAGAAAAUCCUGUUCUCCUUGGCGUCUUGCUCAACAUUCAAGAUCCAGCCACCUCUCAGAAAAUUAGUAGAGCUUCUCCUGGAAUCAAGCAGGAGGCUUUGGGUUUAGGAAGUCAAUUUUUAAGAUCUCAUUUUCCAUAACCAUAUUUUAUGUGGCUUAACUGGUUUACAUCCCACCAGAAUUUACAAGUCGCUCUCUGAGUUACAUCUGAGUGAAGUCCCUACAGCAAGAAUAACUUUUAUGCCAUAAAAACAUACUGUUGACAUAGAUGAUCACUGUACUUCUACUCUACCUCAAGAGAAACUAACUGCAGUUGUUAUUUAUGGACUGAAAGAUGAUAUUUAGGAAUAGCAUUCAUUCUACAGCAAAACAACAGAUGCAGGUUUAAAACACCCCAAAUGUUAAACUUCCACAAAAGCUGUGAGGUUUACUAACAGGACUCUGCAACUGGCAAACAGGUCUCCAGUUCUACUAGGAAGAAACCUUUCCUGACUGUAUGUUAAACUUGAACUGGAAGGUAAUUUUCAGGAAAGACUUUGAAAAUGGGCACACUGAAACUAUUAUAAAACUGAAGGAUUUAGGCAUGAAAAGAACAAAGUUUUAUACAGUGCUUUGGAUAUUUUGGUGCUGUAUUUCGAUGUUUUCUUUGUGAGUUCACGGUACUGAGGCCACAUUGAAGCAGUGGAAGGUUUCUGAGUAAGUUUGAUACCAAUUUGUAACCAAUGGCAGAUCCAGGUAUGGUGGUUAACUUAUUGGGUUUUCAAAUUAUGGAGCUGUGUGACAGAAGGAAAAUGCAAGUUUUGUGCUGAAGUAGGAAAAAUGUGCUUUUACUUGCUUAUAAAAGGUAAAAAAACCCCCAACCCUGCAUUUUUAUAAUGGUGUGUAUCUUAAAGUCUCCUGACCUCUUCAUUAAACAAAAUUCUAAUUUCUAGAA